AUGGAAGCUAUACAGGCUCUAAUAGAUCACUGUGGCGGCGUUGAGGCUGCAGAUAUGGCGUCUCUGCCCGAUAACGAGGGCCGGCCCCCGCUACACUGGGCCUUAGCUGUCGUUGUCUGCAAUUAUGCAGACAUAGUUGACCCAGAUAAAAUUACGUCACGGAUGGAAAGCACUGUCAAAAUGCUUCUUGGCGUCAAACCAGACACCGUCUACGCACAGGAUCAGUACGGUGCCACAGUCUUUCAUUACGCGGUCAAUAACAACACGGGCCAUGGGGCAAAUAUUGAAGCCAUCAGGCUGCUUGUGCACGCCAACCAGCUUCCCGAUACACUCAACGCAGAAAUGAUCUGGGUGCAACCGCUCUUAGACAGGCAAUGGAGCCCCAUAAAUUCGUCCCUGGUGUUCUAG